AUGGAUAUCUGGCGGUGCCCCGGCGCCCGCCACGCGCUCAGCAAGGACCUCGGCCUUAGCGGCAAGAGGCCGGCCCAGGGUGGGCGCCGAACAGGUAGCCCGGUCGUUACCCGUUAUCAUCUGUCGGAAAAUAAGUAUCUCGCGGCCGCCCCGGUGCCCGGUUCGGUGCCCGGCCCGCGGGAGGCGAUUAACGGGUGCCAGCGGAGCCCCCCUCCGGACGGUCCCCGCGGUGCCGCCCUCCUGACCCGGCAGCUGCGGGGCCCGUGGAGGAGAUCCCGCGGCGGCCUCGGGCCCCAGCGCCUGCUCUUCGAGGUGACCGGCGCCGACGCGGUCAGCGAGCCCCCCUCCGAGUGCGUGCCGCACACCGUCGCCCUGAGGCGGCCGGGCCGCCCGGACCGGCCUCCGGCCCGGCCCCGCCGCCGCCACUCGGACCCGGAGCGGCCGCGCCGCCGGCGGCGGGGUCGGGUCCGGGGGCCCGUGGCGGCCGCGCCCUUCCCCCGCCGGCGGCUGCGGCGCGACCCGGCCGCCGAGACCAUCGCCCGGCGCGGCCGCGCCAUCGGGCGCUUCCCGGGCCACGUGCAGGCCGUGCCCGGGCCGCGCCGCGGGCCUCCGCGACUUCUUCCUGCUGCUCAUCAAGGAGGCGCUCGACUGGAGGGGGCCGCUUUCCCUCGGAGUAAACGGGGACGAGCGCGGGACUCGGGCGUCCAAUGA